AUGGCGUCGAACAAGAUCAACGACCUCUUCAGUGUCAAAGGCCUUGUGGCUGUCGUCACAGGUGGCGGCUCUGGACUGGGACUCUACGCUGCUCGCGCACUGGACGCCAAUGGAGCGAAGGCCGUUUAUAUCGUUGGGCGUCGAGAAAAAACCCUACAAGAUGCUGCCAAGACCGGAGUGAACGGAACCAUCAUACCCAUAGUCGGGGAUGUGACGGAUAAGAAAUCCCUCCAGCAAGUUGUGGACAUAGUGAAGCAAGAACAAGGCUUCAUCAAUUUCCUGUUCGCCAAUGCCGGAAUCAUGGGGCCAGGGGAUUCUUCUGCUCUCAAGGAAGCUAAGGGUUCCAAGGAGAAGAUCGAUGUUAAGGAAUACCAAGCCGCGCUCUGGAAGUCUGAACCAGAAGACUAUACCAAGACUCUACAUAUCAAUUGUACGGGAGUCUACUACACGGCUAUCGCUUUCCUGGAUCUGCUCGAUGCCGGAAACAAGAAGCGGAACGUGGCUCAGGACAGUCAGAUCCUGGUGACCUCUUCAAUCGCUGGAUUCAGUAGGCACUUGGCAAGCAGUUUUGCCUACAGUACUUCCAAGGCGGCGGUGAAUCACUUGGUCAAGAUGCUGGCUACAAAUUUUUCGCAACAGGGAUUGCAUAUACGGUGCAACGUUGUUAAUCCGGGUAAGUCUGAGGAAACGAAUUGCCCUUUCGUGUUGCCGAUGUUAAUGCUGGAUCUCUGCAGGUCUGUAUCCCUCCGAAAUGACUGCCAACACCACUUCCUCACUCGGAAAGUUCAAUGGUUUGGAGAAUCAUCCUGGUGCGUUUGCGGAUGCGCACAUCAUGGCCCAGGAGAAUUCUCCGGCGGAGAGGACGGGGAGUGAGCAGGAUUUUGCGGGUUUGGUGCUUUUCAUGGCGAGUCGGGCGGGGGCUUACUUGAACGGAGAGACGAUGGUUACGGAUGGCGGGAGGUUGGCUCAAAUGCCCUCUACUUAUUAG